UCAAUGGGAAUUUCAUGUCUACAAAGAUCCGAGGAUCACGACUUAGGCUACCUGCCUCCAGAACCAGCACCAGAAAACCACGUCGUCGGUCCAGAAGGAAACUGAAAGGAGAGCCCUUUCUCCAGCAUCCCGGCCAAUGCUCAGCGGCCCCGUCCAGCCAGGACGAGAGUUCGGAAGAUGUUUCAUCAGCGGAGGUGGAACCCGCAGGCAAAAGCCAGAGCUCCAUUCCCAGACUGGGCACCACCGUGAUCGCAAAGCCUAUUCUCCGGCAGCCCAGUCAGCGCUCGGCGGCCCCGCCCAGCCAGGACCAGGGUCCCGCGGAUGCUGCAGCCAGGGAGGUGGGGUCCGCCGGCCAAGGCCAGAGGCCGCUUCGCGGAUUGGGCAUAACCGUGAUAGGAGCCUUGCGAUUGGCCCUUCGCAAUGCAGAGGUGGACCUUGACUCCUGCACCGGGGCCUCGAGGACACAGCAAAAGCCAGAGAAGCUGCAGCUCGGGGCGAUGGCCGCUCCGAGCCCUGGGCCUCGCGAGAGCCGGGCCCCCUCCCUGGAGGCUGGAAACAGGCCAAUUGCCUCAGGGAGACACCGUGGCUUUUUGUUGCGCCUCCGAGACAAGCAGAAUCGAGUGGGCCUGUUUGAGAUCAAUCCAGGGCAUGAACUGCACAGAAUGACGCAGAUGUUGCAGGAAGGGCUCUGGGCUGCUACCCAGGUCUCCAUGGACAACCCACCCAAGGGACCUCCCACCCAGAAGGAUUUCUCAGAAGUCAUGACCCAGGUUCACGAAGAGGGCUUCGAGCUGGGAACCCUGGCCGGUCCAGCUUUUGCACGUCUGCGGCAAUACCUAGGUCUGGCUGAAGAAGACUAUCAGGCUACCCUGGGCCCCGGUGGCCCCUACCUUCAAUUUAUCAGCACCUCCAAGAGCAAAGCCAGCUUCUUUCUGUCCCACGACCAGCGCUUCUUCCUGAAGACCCAGAGGCGCCACGAGGUUCAGGUGCUGCUCGCCCACCUGCCCCGCUACGUGCAGCACCUGCGGCGGCAUCCACACACGUUGCUGGCACGGUUGCUGGGAGUGCACAGUCUGCGCGUGGCUCGCGGGAAAAAGACGUACUUCAUCAUCAUGCAGAGCGUCUUCUACCCUCCCAGCCGCAUCUCUGAGAGGUAUGACAUCAAGGCCUGUGAGCUGAGCCGAUGGGUGGAACCAGUUCCUGAGGGCAGCCCCCUUCUCCUGGUGCUGAAGGACCUCAACUUUCAGGGAAAGACCAUUAACCUGGGACCCCAGCGGAGCUGGUUCCUCCGCCAGAUGGAGCUGGACACCGCCUUCCUGCGGGACCUCAAUGUGCUGGACUACAGCCUGCUGGUGGCCUCUCAGCUUCUCCACGGAGAUGAAAAGGGCUGCCGCAGCAUUUUCCGUACAGUCAGGUCCGUACAUGGUGCCCCAAACUCGUGGGGGGCGGAGAACCAGAACCGCCGGCUGCUGCCCGACGUCCCCAACGCCCUCCAUGUCUUGGACGGGCCAGACCAACGUUAUUUUCUGGGCUUGGUGGAUCUGACCACUGUCUAUGGGCUUCGCAAACGGCUGGAGCAUCUGUGGAAAAUGAUGCGCUAUCCAGGCCAGUCCUUCUCCACGGUCAGCCCGGCUCUCUACGCCCGUCGCCUCUGUCAGUGGGUGGAGACGCACACCGAGUGACUCGACGCCCACCUGUCUGCGUUCUCCUCAUCUGGACAAUGGGCAUGAGCCCACAACAAUUUUCCAGCAGUACCCAAGGAGCUAGCCUGCAGUUUCUGCCUUAGCCACAGGAGGGAAGCAUCUCCUAACUAAUGCUGUAACCACUCAGCCCUCUUCGGUGAUGGUGCUGUACUGUUUAGAGAAAGGACUCCCCCUGCCCCCAUUAGCUCAUUUACUAUUAAAAAAUGUUGGUAUUCUCUUUUUAAA